AUGCCGUACAAUAUAGCGAUGGUCAGCGACUUCUUCUUUCCACAACCAGGAGGUGUCGAAAGUCACAUCUACCAACUCUCUACGAAGCUCAUCGACCGAGGACACAAAGUCAUAAUUAUUACACAUGCAUAUGAGGAUAGAACCGGUGUCAGAUACCUUACAAACGGUCUCAAAGUCUACCAUGUUCCAUUCCUCGUUAUGUUUCGUUCUUGUACCUUUCCUACGGUCUUCUCGUUCUUCCCAAUAUUCCGCAAUAUCGUCCUACGAGAGCAGAUUGAAAUCGUUCAUGGUCAUGCAAGCAUGAGUAGCAUGUGUCAUGAAGCCAUAUUACAUGCAAGGACGAUGGGGCUGCGGACUGUAUUCACAGAUCACUCAUUAUUUGGGUUCGCAGAUGCCGGCAAUAUAUUGAUCAACAAGCUCCUCAAAUUUACAUUGAGUGAUGUUGAUCAUGUAGUGUGUGUCAGUCAUACAUGUAAAGAAAACACGGUUUUACGCGCUUCUCUCGAUCCUCUUAUGGUCUCUGUCAUUCCAAAUGCAGUCGUGGCAGAGAACUUUCGACCUCUAUCGCACCCUUCAUAUCCCUCCGACCCCCCAGGAAAGCAUCCUCCACCAGCUCCAUAUCCACUUGGUCCGCACGAUGUGAUCACAAUCGUCGUGGUUUCUAGACUUUUUUACAACAAAGGGACCGACCUAUUGAUUGCAGCAAUUCCCCGAAUUCUCGCCCACCAUCCCAAUGUACAUUUCAUAAUUGCAGGAUCUGGCCCGAAGGCCAUUGAUCUUGAACAGAUGUUGGAGAAGAAUGUGUUACAAGAUAAAGUUGAGAUGCUAGGGCCUGUCAGGCAUGAAGAGGUCCGAGAUGUCAUGGUUAGGGGGCACAUAUAUCUACACCCGAGUUUGACCGAAGCUUUUGGAACUGUGAUAGUUGAAGCUGCUAGUUGUGGGUUGUAUGUUGUAUGCACGCAGGUUGGAGGGAUUCCAGAAGUGCUUCCAUCACAUAUGACAGUUUUUGCCAAGCCAGACGAAGAUGAUCUAGUUGCUGCUACUGGCCGAGCAAUUGCGUCUUUGAGAGCUAACAAAGUUCGUACCGAAAAGUUUCAUGAUCAAGUGAAGCUGAUGUAUUCAUGGACAGAUGUGGCAGAGAGAACAGAAAGAAUUUAUGAUGGAAUCUUCGGCGUUCUGAGCGAAGCAGAAUUCUAUGGAUAUGACGCAGCUGAUGCAGCUAGCUGGAGCGCGGCAAGAGGGAGAGCUGGUGUACAAAGCUUUGCUUUGAUCGAUCGUCUUAAGAGAUACUAUGGUUGCGGAAUAUGGGCAGGUAAACUCUUUUGCCUCUGUGUGAUCAUCGAUUAUCUGUUAUUUUUGCUGCUCGAGGUUGUGGCCCCCAGAGAUAGAAUUGACAUUUCGAGGAGUUGGCCGAAGAAGGUACCACAAGAUUCUUCUAGGAGAGAUCGCGAAAGUAGGAGAGAAUUCGGAUAG